CACAAAUAUAUGGGUGAUGCAUUUGACAAUGUAGAACAGAAAAGCAUAUUGCCAGUCUUGACUAAAGGUCGUAAAACAUGUAUCAUUCAUCUUUAUCGAUUGACAUGGCUGAUACACCUCCGGGUAUCAGAGAGAUUCACUCAUCUCCCGACCUCUCAAAGGAACUAGACCGCCGAUUACAACAUAAGAACGGUUUUGGUGCAGACAAGAAAUUGCUAAUACGUGCACCAAACAAGCACAUGAUACCACUAAGUAUUCUUUGCUUUGUUGUGAUCGGGAUCUUAACCUUAUACAAAGGUGGCAAUAUCGUAGAUAAUGCCAGUAGUGACGCCUUAAACAAUAGGGGGCAAAAUAUAAACGAGGAAGAAAUAUAUGUUGAUCGAGCACAGCAAUACAGAAAGUACAUACAUGCAAUAGACACGCACGGAUUGCAGAGUUCAUUAUCGAGAUCGACUAGAUCUAUCCAGAGUCACAGUGAGGAGCCUAAGAUAGCAUUUAUGUUCUUGGAAUCAGACGGACAUGCACAGGACGAAAUUUGGGAUAGUUUCUUCGAUCAAGCGGACUCAAGUAAGUAUAACUUGUAUGUGCACCGGAAUAACCCAACACCAAACAGUGGCGACUUUCUCCAGCAGUAUCCUAGUUACCACGAGGUAUCCAUCACGUCUUCUGCCUGGUGUGCGCUUAUGGGUGUUCAAUAUAGCCUUGUUCAGGCGGCGUUGAGAGAUCCCACUAAUCAGCAAUUUGUCUUUGUAUCUCACAACGCAAUUCCUCUAAAGAGCUUCGACUACAUAUACAAUGAUCUGGUCGUGGAUUCGCCGAAUACAUCCAAGUUUUGCUUCACAUCCAUGGUGGGACAGGCAAAUAGUGACUGUCGUUUCCAAGACUCGAGCCGCGCCGAGAGUUCGGAUACGCUGAAACAUCAUCAAUGGGUGAUUUUGUCUCGCGAUCAUGCUAAAAUCAUUUUAUACGAGAACGGCAGGUCAUCACUCGAUUAUUACGAUGCACUGCGCGAUGUCGUAGAUGGGCGCUACAACGAUCCUAAGAUGUGUUCAGAUGAAACUGUACCAGCGAUUGCACUAAUACAAAGGGCAAAAGUCGAAGGAAAGAUCUUAGAUGAUUUGAAUUCCGAGGACGUUUUCACUGGUUUAGAGCAGAUUGGCGUUGAACAGAGGUGUACGACUUUCGCGUACUGGGCCAGAUGCUUACAAAAAACACCUUUUGACCUGGAGGUUGGAUUCGAAAAGAGCCAAGGCGAGCUUGUACAUCCACUGUCCAUGUCUGGUGUAGAAGAUACCUAUUUGAAAAAUCUGGUAACUCACCCAUCAUUGCUUUUCGCCAGGAAGUUCAACCAGAAUGCAGUUGUGAAAAUGAGAAGGGACUUGGAAGGAGAAAAGCGGGUUUACGAUGCUAGAUUAGAGGAUAUAUUGCCCUUGUAUAUCCACAAUAUGACCGAGUUCGACCAUGGGGCACUCGAAGAGAACAAACUCGCAAGACUGAAUACGAUAAAAGCGAAUUCAUCACUAUUAAUCAGGAAUACCUAAGUGCUAGUACGUUCCCUUUACAAAUACAGAAUAAAUUAUCAUAGCCAAUCAAUGGCACUAUACACUUAAAAUAAAGAGGAAACUUAUGUUGCGA